UAAAACCAUGAGCUGCAACACAGGAACAGAACUUUUGGCACUCCAAAGCUUUCGAAAAAAGAAAAGAAAAAAAGAGAGAGGGGCAAAUUCAACAUCUCUUUGACCAGUUACCACUGGGAAAAUUUACUGACAGAUUCUUGAAAUUAAUUUAAAAAGAAAAGAAAAAAAGAAAGUGAAGUCUCUCUUUCUUUCAUGCUUUCUUUAGUUUGUGGAAUUGUGAAAGCAGAGUAGAAAAUUGAAAAGCCAACAAGAAAUGAAGCAUUAAUAAGCAGCUGUUGGAAACCAAAACAAAAAAAGAAAAGGAAUUAUAAAGCGUCGAGAUCGGGGUCUGUUCUUAGGGUUUCUCUCUUUUUUUUUUUUUUUUUAAGCUCUCAUAAACCCUAGACAAAACAACCUGCAACCCCUUGCUUCAGGAGAGUGGCGAUUGGGUAUAAAAAAAUUAUUGAGGUGGAUCAGUUGAAGCGGUCGUUGAGAAUUUUGUGUUAACAAAAAAGAAAAAGAAAAAGAAAAGGAAGUUGGAAAUGCCGGAGGAAGAGGUUGUCGAGUUGAAGUUUAGAUUGUAUGAUGGAACAGAUAUAGGUCCGUUUAGGUAUUCGCCGGCGUCUACUGUGGGUAUGCUUAAGGAGAGAAUUGUUACUGAGUGGCCUAAAGAUAAGAGAAUUGCUCCCAAGGCAGCAAAUGACAUUAAACUUAUAAAUGCUGGGAAAAUUUUAGAAAACAACAAGACUGUUGGUCAGUGUAGGGUUCCUUUUGGGGAGCUUCCAAAAGGGGUUAUCACUAUGCAUGUCGUUGUGCAGCCAACUUUAGCAAAAGCAAAAACAGAGAAAAAAGUGGACGAGGUGCCAAGGAAAAAGUUCUGUUCGUGUUCCAUAUUGUAAGAGAAGUUGUCGAUUCAGGUUGAAGCUUGCGAGGUUGCAUUGAUGCUGCUAGGAUCUCAUGGCCAUGUAUUUUGGCUGCUGCUGGAAACGAUAAUAAUUUGUGAAAUGGUGCCAUCUCUCAGUGGCCACGUGUUAGUCUGAGGGCAUUCCUCUGUUAACAAUGUCCUGGUAAUGAUGUAUUUGUGUUCUAUAAAAUGCGUGUUCCUGUAUUUCUAUAGCUGCAGUCUUGUUUUAUAAUAAUUUAUAUCAAUUAUUAUUAUUAAUAUUAUUCUCUUAAUUAUACAA